AUGUUCUCCUACUCGGUGGACACAUGGAAACCGUUAAUUCUCGAUACGAUGUCGUACGAUGAUGUGGAGAUCGAGGACAUGGAGUGGAACGAGGAGCUCCAGGCUUUCACGUACCCCUGCCCCUGCGGCGAUCUCUUUCAGAUUACCAAGGAGGAGCUUCGAAUCGGCGAGGAGAUCGCCCGGUGCCCUAGCUGCUCGCUCUACAUCACCGUCAUAUAUAACAUGGAGGAUUUUCAGGAUAAAUCCGACAAAAAUAUGGAGCCCGCUAAGCGGCAGCCGGUGGCUGUAGCUUGA